AUGAAUAAUAUAACAUUUAUAAUUGAGAAUGUGAUCGCUGAUUUUCGUUAUAAUAAAAUGUUAAGUAGACACCGUGGAAACGGUGGGACCAAACUUAGCACCGUGGAUCCCUUCACAGUUUUGCACGUCUCCAUCUACAAUUCCCUUGUUAGAGAUUUUGUGAGGAAGGCUGCUGAGAGGAAAAUCAAGAGAGUGGCAGCAGUGGCGCCGUUUGGAGCGUGUUUCGAUCUGAGCACCAUUGGCAGGACCACUACUGGACUGGAUGUGCCCACUAUUGAUCUGGUUUUGCAGGAGAAUGUUGAGUGGACUAUUUAUGGUGGAAAUUCAAUGGUGUUAGUGAAGAAAAACGUAGCGUGUCUGGGAUUUGUGGAUGGUGGGGAACUGUCGAUGACAGCAGUUGUUAUUGGUGGGAGCCAGUUGCAGGACAACUUUCUGGUGUUUGAUUUAGCUUCAUCCAAACUCAGCUUCAGUUCUUCUCUGCUCCUUCACCACACAAGAUGUUCCCACUUCAGAGCCUAA